ACUAAAGUAACCCAAAUAAAAGAAAAAAAAUAAUUAAAGCACUUAUUAAUUUAAUUAAUAAAUAAAUGUUUAAAUUCAAUCAGUCCUGUUCCACGUCACAUCUAAAUUAGUCAUGUAUUUACAUGUAUAAAAUUAAAGUGUAGGUAGGUAACAUAUUAAGAGUAAUCGUAGAAAUGUUAUCACAAUUGCGGGUAUCAAUAGUGUAGGAAUAACAAUGACACUAUAUUCAUUAUUCCAUAUCAAAACUAAUAGUUAUAAAUGUAGUUAAUAUUGAUAAUACUCGCAAUUAUAAGUAAUAAUUGGUAAACUUGAUUAAGGUCCAUAACAAAUCACAACGAGCACUUGUGUACAUAUUUAUAUUAACUAAUACUUCAUUUGAGUAAAUUACUUAACAGAUAAUUUGAUAAAAAGAUUAAAUGCAAAUGAGUCGAAGUAUCUUUUUAAUCUGUGCGUUUUGUCUAUUUGGUGUCAUAGCAGCGAUAAACAAUUCCAGUCAACGAGUAUGUAUAAUUGGUGCUGGAAUAGCAGGAUUAUCUACAGCAAGGUAUCUUAUGGAAGAAGGUAUUCAGUUUACUGUUCUAGAAGCUACUAAAUAUGUUGGUGGUACCUGGAGGUAUGAUUCCAGGAUUGGCACAGACGAAAAUGGCCUACCAUUACACACCAGCAUGUAUAAAUAUUUACGGACAAAUUUACCAAAGCCUGCAAUGGAGUUAAGAGGUUUCCCAUUGCCACAAAAUAUCCAGUCCUUUCCCAGUGGGCAAGUGUAUUAUGAUUACAUUCAAUCAUAUGCUGAACAUUUCAAUUUAAUAGACGAUAUAAAGUUUCUACACAACGUGAUAUCUGUAAAAAGAAUAGAUAAUACAUGGAAAGUAAAGCACAAGCAUGUAAUUAGUGGGAAAGAAUUUGAAGAAGAUUACGACUUUGUUAUUAUUGGCACUGGCCACCAUAGCAAGCCAAAUAUGCCUAAUAUACCUGGGGAAAAUCUUUUUAAAGGGUCUAUAAUCCAUAGUCACGACUACAGAGUACCAGAUCCUUAUAAACAGCGUCGGGUCCUGGUGAUAGGCGCUGGACCCUCCGGAAUGGACAUAGGUUUGGAAGUGUGCAAUGUCAGCAGACGCCUAAUACACAGUCACCAUUCAAAUAUAAACUACAGGACACCGUUCCCAUCACACUAUAUAAAGAAACCCGAUGUUAAAGAAUUCGAUGAGACAGGAGUCUAUUUUGUUGACGGAACUUUUGAGGAACUCGAUGACGUUAUUUAUUGUACCGAUGAGUCAUGUGGAUUAGAUAUAGCAAAGCACAGUGUGGUGCCAUUAUAUAAUUACGUGGUGAACAUAAAACAACCCACUAUGAUGUUUUUAGGGUUGGUUGUGCGAGCUUGCCUGCCUCCUGCUUUAGAUGCUCAAGCUAGGUACACAGUGGCGUUAAUAAAAGGAAACUUUACUCUUCCCUCGAAAGAGAAUAUGAUGCUGGAUUGGCAGCAUCGCUGGAACGUUCUACGAUCUCUAGGAAAACCAUUAUCACACAUACACUUCUUAGGCGAGAAAGAGGAUGAAUAUUACGCUGGAUUAACGAAAGAAUCCGGCAUAGACAGAGUACCACCGGUAAUAUAUAAAAUACGUGCGUGCGAUACUGAAGCUAAAUUAGAAAAUCUAUACACUUAUAGAAGUUAUACAUACACCGUUCUAAAUAAUGAAUCAUUCCAUAGAACAGUAGAGAAGAAACUUGAUCAAUAAUUUAUUGUAUCAUUGUGAUUAUAUUAUAAUAUUAUUAAUAAUAAAUAAAUAAGAACACUAAUAUUUUUAUUAACAGCAUAUAACGUGAGUUGAAGUAAAAUUUUGUUUAAUAUUAAAUUAUGAAUAUUCACAUUAUCGUAGAACAUCUGUUAUCAUAUAACUUGUAUUUAUUAUACAUGUUAAUUUUAUUUACUACACUAAUUUCUACUUAUGUAUUCUUACAGCAAAUGAAAUAAUUGUGUGCAUAUAUUAGAUUUGUGCCUUACUGUUGUUGUACUAGACUGAUGUAUACAAGUUGUUUUCUUAUUAUUAUUUUAAUGU